AUGGACCAUCUUCAUAAUAAUUCCUUAUCAACUCCUAAUACACCAACAUUACUGCAUUCAGAACAAAAUGAUCAUAAUAAUCAUCAUGGUAACAACUCUAAUUUUCCACUAUCUUCAUCAUCAUCAUCAUCAUCAUUAUUAUUAAAACCACCAAAUCAAAUACCUCGUAAAGGCCAUUGGCGUAAAAGGUCAUUAUCAGCUCCUAUUCCAUUUUUAACCAAUCAAGUUGAGCAAAGUGGUAUUCAUUCACAAUCAACUCCAUCAAUGUCUUCUGAGGAAUGUCGACGUAAAUUAAAUGAGGAAUUGGAAAAAGUUGAUUUUGAUGAUAUCACUGUUAGCGAACUUAAAGAAUUGUUAAGACAACGUGGUAAACCUGCCACUGGUAAAAAAUCUAUUCUUAUGCAAAGGCUUCAAGAAGAAAUUAAAUUAGUUAAAGCAAUGAAGAACUUCAAUCCAAAUGGUGAUGAUGUUCCUUUUUCUAAUAAUUGUAUGGCAGUAAAUAAUAAUGCAACAGGUGAUUGGCCUGAUGUUAAUUUUUCUUUAUUGCAACAAAAUAUCAAUGAUCCUAACAACACAACUUCUCAAUAUGAUUUUUUAUUUCAAAAACAUCCACCAACUUCUGCUACAUCUGCUCCUGCUGUUAAACCAAAAUUUGAUUUUGUCUCUUUAACAAAUAAUCACAAUGAUAUUGUGGUUAAUGAUAAUAUUGUUAUUAAGGAUGAAGAAAUGAACAAUUCAGAUAAUUCUGGCAAUGGUUAUAAUAUUUAUAAUCAACAAUCUUCAACUGCUCCUCCAAUGUUUACAGAAUUUGAAAAUAACUUGGGUAUUUUAAAUUAUCCACCAACAACAACAUCUACUGCUACUUCUCACAUUCUAACUCAACAAUUAAAUCAAAAUCAUAUACCAAUGCAAAUUGAAGAUGUUGGUAUGUCAUUUGGUGAGGUGGAUCUAGCCAUAACAUCUGGAUACUUUACUACCAACAAAGCAACAACCACAUUUACUAAUUGCAAAAGUUUUAAGUCAACUUAUGCUGAUGAAAAAGUCCAAGAAGUUUGUACCUGA